AUGUCAUCUCGCAUGUGGGAGGUCGACCCGGAGACGAAGACAAAGCUCCUCCAGAUCUCCAAGACCAAUGGAAAUGAUAGGUGCUGUGACUGCGGUGCGCCCUCACCUCAAUGGGCCUCGCCCAAAUUCGGAACCUUCAUUUGCUUAAACUGCGCCGGCACACAUCGCGGUCUCGGUGUACACAUCUCCUUCGUGCGCUCAAUCACCAUGGAUGCCUUCAAGCACGCCGAGAUCCAGCGCAUGGAGCUAGGCGGCAACGAGCCCUGGAAAUCCUUCUACGACGCCCACGCCGUGACCAUCUCCGAGGGCCGCACAUUCGAAGACUCCACAAUCAAAGAGCGCUACGAGGGCGACGCCGGCGAGGAAUGGAAGGAGAGACUAUCCUGCAAGGUCGAGGGCCGCGAGUACGUGCCCGGCCAGGAGAAGAAGAAUAACGCGCCCGCCUCGCGGUCCAGUACGCCCAUGAGUCUGAGCGGCGGUGCUGGUGCUGGUGUGACUGGCGGUGCGCGGACGGGAUCGCCUGCGGCGUCGUCGAUUCGCUCGCAUGAUAGCCAGCGCGGUGGGGCGCCGACGAAGAAGGAACAGAAUGAGGCGUAUUUUGCGAAAUUGGGGAAUGAGAAUGCGACGAGGUCGGAUGCGCUGCCGCCUUCGCAGGGUGGGAAGUUUACUGGGUUUGGUGGUGGGUUGCCCCCGUCUGCGGCUGCGGAACGACGGUCUUCGCCGUUUGGCGGGUUUGGCGGUUGGGGUGGUGGCGGCGGUGGUGGUGCUGGUGGUGGUCAGGCUUUGGAUGACCUCCAGAAAGAUCCAUUGGGUACUUUGACUAAGGGUCUGGGGUGGUUUGCGUCGACGGUGGGUAAGAGUGCGAAGCAAGUGAAUGAAUCAUACCUACAACCCACGGCCAAACAGCUGGCCGAAUCAGACUUCGCAGCCCAAGCCCGCGUCCAAGCCGCAAACUGGGGCCAAAACCUGCAAACCGGCGUCCGCGGCGCCGCAGACCAAUUCAACCGUUUCGUUGAGGGCCCCGAGGACGGCCGCUCUGGCGCAGCACGGUCACGCGUCGAACCCGAGCACCGAGACUUCUGGGACGACUUCUCGUCUCUGGGCUCGCAAGAACGAAAUGGGCAUCAGCGGAGUGGUUCGCGGUCUGACGUUAUCGGGACUGCAGCUAUGCGUAAGAGUCCUGCGGCGUCGUCGUUGGCGAAUUCUACGACUCCGGCUUCUGGUGAGACGACUGUGUCUGCUGGGAAAGAUCAUGGGGAUGGUGGAGGUGCGACGGCGACGACAAAGGGGAAGGAUGAGUGGGAUGAUAAUUGGUAG